UCCACACGUUGAACCUGGGAGACAAGAAAUGUCAACGCUCCACCGAAACCAUCCCUUCCCUCAUUUAAAGCCCACCAUCAACAUCUAUUCACAAACUACCAAUUACCUUAACAAACAUAAACAUAGCUUGCGCAGCAAUCAAGAAACACGGUACACCAUUACAGGAGAAUAUGAAGCUGGUUUGGUCUCCAGAGACUGCCUCCAAGGCUUAUAUCGAUACUGUUAAAACGUGCGAGCUUUUCCAGGAAUCGGGGGUGGCGGAGCUGGUUUCAGCCAUGGCAGCAGGUUGGAACGCGCAGUUGAUCGUGGAAACGUGGUCGCAGGGUGGGCUCAUAGCGACGAGUGUUGGGUUGGCCAUUGCAAGCCGCAAUUCAUGUGGGAGACAUGUGUGCUUGGUACCGGAUGAGCAGUCAAGGUCAGAGUAUGUAGAGGCCAUGGGUGAAGCCGGUGUGUCGACAGAAGUUAUUGUAGGGGAGGCGGAGGAUGUGAUGGGUGGGCUAUCAGGUGUGGAUUUCUUGGUGGUGGAUUGCCGGCGGAGGGACUUUCAGAGAGUAUUUAGGCUUGCAAAGCUUAGCCACCGGGGAGCUGUUUUGGUAUGCAAGAACGCCAACUCAACCAGCAACACGAGUUUCAAAUGGCGGAGCGUUCUUGAUCAUGGGUCACGUCUGGCGAGGACGGUGUUCCUCCCGGUAGGGAAGGGAUUGGAUAUCGCACAUGUUGCGACUAGUGGGGGGAGUUCCGGUUCGACCCAGGGUCAGAGCCGUUGGAUCAGGCAUGUUGAUCGAGAAUCUGGCGAGGAGUAUGUUAUCCGAAAAUGACACCCAAGUGGAUGGAUGCAUUUUCAUCGUUUGUGUACAGUAAACAAAGCUUCAAUUGUUUAUUUCGUUUAUUCGUUUUUCCUUUCUUCUUGGGCUGUGACCCAAGACAUGUAAAGAGAUUUUCCUAAGGAAAUGAAUGAAACAUUCCACUAGCCUCA